AAUACCGAUCGUUACCCAGAGAAGCAGGAUCGUCAGAAGUGCGGUGGUAGUAGCGUCGCGGUGCGCCGUUCGCGUCGCCGCAAAGCUUUGAUAUUAUCGGCAGUCAUCCGUUUGAAGCUAUUCGAAACCAACAUGUUUCGUGGGCAUAAAACGAUCCCAGCCGGCACCCCCAGCGUAGCAAAAUAUAAAUACACCGAGAGUUGGCGUCUUUAUUAAUAGUAAGCAUAAGUACUUGGCUAUCGCGCGGUAGAAAGGGUGCGUUUUAUGUUGGCAUGUGACGUGAAAUCGAACUAUUGACAAGACUGCAGUGCGCAGUGCGAAAUCAAUGAAAAAUACGUCUGUUUCCUGCGGUGGCGUUGUGAAGAGACGCUGGUGAUGGGACAAGGCGCGCACCACGGCGCCGGCCGGUGACCCUGAGGAAUGUUCAUCCCCGAUUCGCUGCGUAGCUGCAUGGUGGAGCCCGAUGUAUCCUCGUACCUGCAGACGCCGUCCUCGGGACAGGACGAGUUCCACCCCUUCAUCGAGGCGCUACUGCCUUUCGUCAAGUCCUUCUCUUACACGUGGUUCAACCUACAGGCGGCUAAAAGAAAAUAUUACAAAAAACACGAGAAACGAAUGUCCCUGGAGGAGGAACGUCAGUGUAAGGAAGCUCUGCAGAACGAAAAAUCCGAAGUUAAACAAAAGUGGGCAUCGCGACUUUUGGGAAAGUUACGCAAGGACAUUACACAAGAGUGCCGCGAGGACUUUGUGCUAAGUAUUACAGGCAAAAGACCUGCAGUGUGUGUCUUAUCAAAUCCUGAUCAAAAAGGCAAAAUGCGCCGCAUAGACUGUUUACGACAGGCAGAUAAAGUGUGGCGUCUCGAUCUUGUCAUGGUCAUCUUGUUCAAAGCCAUCCCCCUCGAAAGUACGGACGGCGAACGUUUAGAGAAAAACCCCGACUGUUCGCAACCGGGAUUAUGCGUUAACCCCUAUCACAUUAACGUGUCCGUUCGAGAGCUGGAUUUAUAUCUCGCUAAUUUCAUCAACAGUCACGAUAUACUAAGCGGAAUUAGUUAUAACAAUAACAAUAACACCAAAAAAGAAGACGAACGAAAAAAUAAAGGAUAUACCCAUAAUCCCUACAAUGGUGUCGUUUGCAAUGAAAUAAUAAUGGCGACGGGUGUAUUCUCCUCAAAAGAAUUAUGGAAGCUAUCGAAGGGUAAAAUAGCCUCUAUACUUCAAGAAAUUUCGGAACCACAGCCCAGCAUUAACAGCGUUAAGGUCGAACAUCCGGCGUACUACUGCAACAGCUAUUCCGAUCAAGGAGCUGUUGUCGGGGAUCGAUCGGCGUCCGUUGAUGCCAUGGUGGUCUCUGCGGCAUACUCUAUGCCACAAAACACAACACUGGUAUCAUCGAGUUCACAAGCUGCAAGUCCGAGCACAUUAUUUUAUCAGCAUAGUCCGGAACCACACCAUCAACACCAGAAUCAAGUUAAAUAUCCAGAAAAUGGGCAUGACACACUAUCCGACUUUGUUACGUUUGUGUGUCAAGAAACGGAGAAUAGUCAGCAGAGUUCACAGAUGCAAAACAAUUUGUCUCGAAGUCCGAAAUCGCAGUACUUUCCUUCAACGAUGCUUCCACCGCCGCCAUUGCCACCGAUGGCGCGUCCCGUAGCCAUUAUCCGAUCAACAGGUGAUGUAACAAUGAGUGGCACCAAUUCACCACCCGCUAGCAUAACGCCUCCUGGAAGUGAAGCUUCUCCCGCAAAUGACGUGCCAGAAUUAAGUUCGUCUCCACCAUUAAGUCCCGGUAGCCAAGAUCGCCGAAAGUCUCCAUCGCAGAGGAAUUCGGUUCCAACAAGCAGUCCAUACUCGCCGAACCGAGACUACUCCUUCAACCAUUUUCAUCCACAACCAGGACAUCUUUUCAGUUACCAGAGUAUGAGUGGAAUGUCUGGUGUUAUCAGUCCUACCAACCUCAGCAUGUACUCACCCAAUGUGAAUACGGCGAGAGGUACUCAGCGUUCUAAUAUGAUGCCUCGUUGGAGUACACCAUUGUUCAGCCUUGAUCAGGAAGACUUCAGUAUGAUUACUCACCCCGUAUCAGGAUCGAAUCCUGAAACGGGCACGGUCAUUUUAAUGGACGAUACGGCGACCACGGGAUCAGCCUCCGAUCAUAAUCAGUGUUGUACAAGUUCAAAUCUUAUGUGCGAAGCUGAUAGAUUCUUUCAAGCGAGUGUGUCUGGUGAUGGAUUAGAAACGUCCACCGCGCGGGAGAACGAAUCACUUCCAACACCGAAAUCUCCGUGAGCCUUCUACAACGAUAAACUGCCUUAUCAUCUGCAGCUUUUCUUGCCGAUUUAUGUGUAAACCCUAUGUUGAAUUAUCAUAAUUUCGAAACGUUAGUGCGCAUUAGAAGCUGCUCAAAUUAGUAUAGACUGUAUAGUAAUUGUACUUGUACUUAAUUAGGUUAGACAUCAAAUGCCAAACUAGGCUGUGUACACACUGCAGUCCUGAGUAUCUUACGGGAGACACACCCGCAAGAUACCCAUUAUUGGCAAUGUUAGGUUGAAUUCUGUUCCUAUGUUGGGUAGAAUAUCCAGCGGUGCUCGUCUUCCACGAACAUGCUUAGCGUGCGCCGGUCAAAUUUUUGACUACGCCCGCAGAAGCAGUGAGCUGGGUCUGUGCCUUAGUAUUACAAUAAUAUUGAAUACCGUAGCCUAGUUAUUAGAGACAUAUUAUCCGAGCUUGCUCACAGCGCAACGCCAGCUCAGUAGUAUACUACGUUUAACGGCAAAAUGCCAGCUGCACCAAUUGGCACGACAAUACACCGGAAAAAUCAUUUCCCAAGAUACAUUUAACGAAUGUGUCGUGCGAAACAGAUUUCUCGUUACUUGUCGGCAAUUUUUCGAUAUAAAAUCUACUGUGAUCGACAAACCUUAAAACAGUUGUGGAUAACGUUAACGUUCAAUGGAUAGGUCACCAUUAAUCGUACAGGUCAUGCUUAUCCACAACUUCUUUGUAAAAUUUCACUUCUAGUCACACAACGAGCAGAGUGACCCUGACUGAUGUAUUUAUUCCCUCCGUUUCGAUACUAACUUUGUGCUCUGCUGGGACACUCUGCCUCAUCCAGCUAUUCUACUAUUGUACUGUAUAUAACAACCAAAUCUUAAUUAACACAUACUUAUAGAAUCGGGUGAUAUUAUAACCAGUGCCAUGAUAUUGUUAACUCAAUUGUUAGGCGUAUUAUACGUCAGUAGUAUUGGUUAUUAAUUAUUGUAGGAAGCUUAAAAACUCGAAUGUAUUAAAUUACUUUUAAGAUUAAAUCAGAGGGUUUAUUUAAUAA